UAGCUAGUGAUCAAUUCACACCUCCUUUCCAUAUCUUCACUAUGCCUUCUUCAAUAACGAGGAUUAUGAUUAGUAUUAUUAACAAUGGCGCAAUAAUGAUAAUAAUGUCAUUUGUUGCUAAUUUGUGUCUUGUGGGCAAAACAAUGGGAGCUGCGACUUAUCAUUGUUCCAACGUGACGCUUGAUUCGGCUCGGGACAGUCUGGUGCGACAGGAAGACACCAUUAUUUUCAGCCUCAUCGAGAGAGCCAAGUUCCCCGUCAACACCCCAUUGUACGCCGCCGCCGGUGAUAAAUCUCCGCCGUUUUCCGGUCCGGGAUCUCUUUUCCAGUACUUCGUCAAUCAAAGCGAGGCUCUUCAGUCUCAGAUGGGAAGAUAUUCAUCUAAAGAGGAGCUUCCUUUCUUCCCGAGUCAAUUGCCAAACCCGUUUGCGCCGAGCAGUGAAUGUGUGUCGUAUUUGUAUCCUAAGGCUGCCGACGUGAAUGCCUCAACCAACGUCAAUAGCAUGAUUUGGAAUUUUUAUCUCACCGGCAUUCUUCACAACUUCACCAAAGCGGGUAGCGAUGAAAACUACGCUUCCACGGCUAUGGCCGACCUCCUAUGUUUGCAGGCACUCUCUAGAAGGAUUCAUUACGGAAGAUUUGUUGCUGAGGCUAAAUUCAGUAGUGCUCCGGAUCAAUACAAAAAACUUAUUCAUGCUAAGAACAAAGAAGCUCUUGAGAACUUGCUGACAAAUAGAACUGUUGAAGAGCAAGUCAGAAAUCGAGUGUUGCUGAAAGCCAGAGAGUUUGCAAAAGAAGUGGCACUGAACAAUACUAAGAGUGGGAGUGGAGAGUACAAGAUUGAUCCCAUCCAAGUGUCCAACUUAUAUGAAAAUUGGGUGAUCCCUUUAACAAAAAAGGUUGAAGUUGAGUACCUUCUGCGGCGACUUAAUUGACCCAAUUAUUUGAUAUUUCAAAACAAUGUGGUUUAUAGUGUCUUGUUGUGAAACAAAGUACUUUUGUUAUU